GGGCUUGACGCUUUGUGGCAUGAAUGUACUUUCCAUCGUAGGGAGAUUGAUCAUAGGAUGGAUGGGGAUGGCAAAAGGGUAGAAUGGAAAAGGCCACGGUUUUUCGUUUUGCAACUGCUGUCAUCAUGGUGACCAUGGUGACCACUAUCUCGACGAUUACCGUGCUGUUCAAGGGACAGCUGGUGCUCUUCCCGGCAAGUGGAAGUUGGCUUUUUCCAAGUACAUGCUCGUGGCAGCUCGUCUUAUUCUGGAUUACUAUCUUGCUGUAUAGUGCCUCCUUUGCAAGCCCACAACUCUUCCAGUGGGUAUCUUUGCAGGACACCUUCCUCCCCGUUCCAACAGAACCCAGUCAGACACGAGAGAGGGGGAAAGGCCGAAUUAGAGGCCAACCCGAUGCUCCACCCUUUUUCCUGACCCAAUGCAACUGCUAAACUUUAGAGGCUAGAAUGCAAUCCGAACGACAUGUUUGAAUAACAAAUUACAAAGAGAAAGAGAAAGGAUUAGUGAGUGGACUGAUACUGUGUUGCGCUAGGAUCAUUCGCAGAGAUCAUACAACGAAUGAAUGCUUGUGAGGAGG